GUCUCCCGUCCAAAAUCCUCUCCCUCGGUUGAAGAUAAAACUUCGUCUUCGACCUUCGCCGUUGUCUAAGCAGCCUUUUCAAAAGAUGCCCCAGCGGCUAUGCUAGUCACCUCUUUCUCUCCUCUUUCCCUCCCUCCCUCCCUCCUUACCUCCCUUUUUAAACAUACCCCUUCUCUUCCCUCCGGAAAACCCAUUGUCAUCUCCAACACCACGACCACCAUCGCCGUCCUUCAAAUGGUCCUUCCCUCCGUUAUAGUAAUGGGUUCUAAGUGCUUCAUCAAUCCCGCGCUCUAUAGGCCCAUCCCCCGCUCCUCCCUCCUCCUCCUUCAGCACGUUCAUUCCCUUUGUGUGGAUAGCCACCGUCUUGGAGGAGGAGGAGAAGGGCGUUCUAUUUCUUUGGGGUUGAGCAACAAAAAGGCCAUCCCCUCGGUUCGCUGGUUACCCAUCCAAAGGCGGCUCUCCGCUUUCGUCGUGGGCAAGUCUGGUGGCGCAGCUCUCAGGGAAGCGGAAACAUUGCAAGCAUUAAAAGAAAGAUUGGAGAGUGAAGGAAUUCCAUUUGGUGAGUGCACAAUUGGAGAAUACAGCCGGAUUCUAUGCCCAAAGUGUCAAGGUGGGAGCUCACAGGAAAAAAGCUUCUCUGUUUUUAUUCGUGAAGACGGAAAUUUGGCAACCUGGGCAUGUUUUAGAGCUAAAUGUGGGUGGAAGGGUCAUGUCCAAGCGUCUAAAGGUUUGAGUGCAUAUCGUCCUAAGCAAACUAAUGGAUCUUGCAGUGAUGAUGAACAGUCACCUGUAACACAGCCAAAUAGGAUACUUACAGAAAACGGCCUUAAGCUAGCUCCACUUGGUGAUGAGAUACUUAGAUAUUUUUCUGAGAGAAUGAUUUCUGGAGCAACUUUGAGAAGAAAUGGAGUUAUGCAGACUUUAAGAGACAAUGAGGUUGUUAUUGCAUUCCCAUAUCGAAAGAAUGGACAGAUUGUUAGCUGCAAAUAUCGUGGUUCCAAUAAAAAAUUCUGGCAGGAAAGGAAUUCUGAGAAGAUACUCUAUGGGCUGGAAGAUAUCAAAUUAGCAAAAGAUAUUAUCAUCGUUGAGGGGGAAAUUGACAAGCUUUCAAUGGAGGAAGCAGGUUUUCUCAAUUGUGUGAGUGUUCCUGAUGGUGCUCCACCACGGGUUUCAGAGAAAGAAUUGCCUCCUUGGGAACAGGAUAAGAAGUAUCGGUACUUGUGGAAUUGCAAGGAAUAUCUUGACAAGGCUUCUCGUGUCAUCUUAGCCACAGAUGCUGACCAACCUGGGCAAGCUCUUGCAGAAGAGAUAGCUCGACGCCUUGGCAAGGAGAGAUGCUGGCGCAUUAAGUGGCCAAAAAAGAAUGAGAAUGAUGUGUGCAAGGAUGCAAACGAGGUGCUUAUGUAUUUGGGAGUAGAUGCAUUGAAGGAGGUCAUUGCAAAUGCAGAACUAUACCCUGUCCAGGGCUUAUUCAGGUUUCAGGAUUAUUUUGAUGAGAUUGAUGCAUACUAUAAUUGUUUUCUGGGAAAUGAGGUUGGAGUUUCAACUGGGUGGAGAGCUGUGGAUGACUUUUACAAGGUGGUGCUUGGAGAGGUGACUGUUGUAACUGGGGUUCCUAAUUCAGGCAAAAGUGAAUGGAUUGAUGCCCUUUGUUGCAACAUUAACCAGAAAGAGGGCUGGACAUUUGCAGUGUGUUCUAUGGAAAACAAGGUUAAGGAACAUGCAAGGAAGCUUCUGGAGAAAUACAUAAAGAAACCAUUCUUCAAUGCCAAGUAUGGACAGUCUAUGCCACGCAUGAGCCCCGAGGAGUUAGAGCAAGGUAAAGAAUGGCUAAAUAAUACUUUCUAUCUCAUAAGGUCUGAGAAUGAUAGACUUCCAUCUGUUAAAUGGGUUCUUGACCUUGCAAAAGUAGCUGUUUUAAGGCAUGGAAUACGCGGCCUUGUAAUUGAUCCAUACAAUGAACUUGAUCAUCAAAGAUCACCGAACCAGACGGAAACAGAGUAUGUUAGUGAAAUCCUUACCAGAAUUAGGAGAUUUGCCCAGCACCAUUCCUGCCAUGUGUGGUUUGUUGCCCACCCUCGACAGCUGCAUAACUGGCAAGGUGACGCUCCUAAUAUAUAUGAUAUCAGUGGAAGUGCUCAUUUCAUAAAUAAAUGUGACAAUGGGAUUGUUGUUCAUCGAAAUCGAGAUCCAGCUUCUGGGCCACUUGAUCAAGUGAAGAUUUGUGUGCGGAAAGUGCGUAAUAAGGUUGCUGGAACUAUAGGUGAUGCCAUUUUGACAUAUGACAGGGUAACAGGAGAGUAUUCUGACAUUGGGCUUGACAGUGAUAGAUAAUAGCUUUUCCUCUGACUGGAAGUGAGAAUUGGGAAAUGGCUGAAACUUCAUUGUACAUUUAGUCACCAAGCAUUUGUGCCCUUCCACCUUUUAAUCUGAGAAGGCUCUACUCGUAGAGAAUGUGGAACAUCUCUGCAACUCAGUUAUCCUGGAAGGUUGUCCUGCACUUGUUUUUUGCUUCUAUUAUAAUAUCUACCAUUUAUUCCUAGUUGUACAUAUCAAUUUUAUGAAAAGAAAUUGACGAGAAGCUUAAUGAGCACUGCAUAUUUGUUGGUGUCCA